GACAACGUCGUUAAAUUGUGGUACAGCGAUAGCCCCGAACCUGGCCGCGUAAGCAUGAUUCAUCGAAUCCUUGAAGCGAAGGUCUACGCGGUAGGUCCAGACUCGGCUCCGGUGGCAAUACCGAUGAAAAAAAUUGAACUGGACGAGGAGACGGCCGAGAUGUCGGCUAACCUAACAAAUCCGGCGAAGAUGCUGGCAACGGUAUGCGACAUUGGCGUGAAAGAGUCACGACGACGAAAACCAGCGUCAGGAAGUGGAGUAAGCCAGUCAGCUCAAGCGAAAGAAAGUUCCUCUCGGGAACACAAAGAAGAACCGCCCACACGUGAAUGGUAUUUCUGCAAAUACAUGACAUCAAAUGCCAUUAAAAACAAAGACGCUGAUAAGGCGUUCGAGCAUCUUUCCUAUCGCUUAGAACUUAUCCCACGAUUAGAAGGAGGCACGCUUGUUAUUGCCGCUUAUCUUGAUGGAGAGCCAGCCAAGCAGCUAAGUGUUUCCAUUACAGAUGUCAAAGGCGAACGGCAGCGUUUGUCAACUGACGAAAACGGCAUUGCAAAGUUAGAUGGAGUUUCCAAAGGCCGUUACGCGAUCAGAAGUAAAACCGUACUGGACGAAGCCGGGAAAGUUAACGGAAAAGAGUAUGCCAAGACGGCCCUCGUUAGCAGUCUUAUUCUGGAUAUUGAGUAG